AUGUCCUCGCCGGCAACAACAUCCUCGUCGUCGGAGCAAUCUCACGCCAACACAGGGGCGAUAGUCGGGGGCGUGAUUGGUGGCGUGGCAGUCAUCACACUGGUAUGCGUCGUCGUAUGGCUGGUGCUGCGCCGAAGGAAGACAGCCCGCGCAGAUGACCCCUCAACUAUGUCGAAUCAGCCUGAGGCAAGCCAGCCGUUCAUCCAGCCUUACGAGGUCUCUCCAGUAAGCCCAGGCAGUCAGGCCAAGAGACUCAGCCAGCAGAAGGCUCAACAGAGACCUAAUUCGAUAUCACCCGUUCCGCAAUAUAGUCCAGGACCAUACUUCUCCAGUAGUAACAGGAAUAGCGCGGUUGAUUUGGGUCGCCAGGGACAAUGA